UUACUAUACACGUAUUACUUUGCAGCUUAUAUCAUCAUACUUCCCUUGGAAGACCUUUGUUCAAUCAUAUCAUAUUGGAAGAAAAGUAGUGUAUAUUGUAUCUUGCUUUCCUGACGUCUUUAGUAUGCCCGAUCGAAUCUUAGUGAUAUGUUGUGAUGCCAAUGAUGGUAAUGCUGGUGUAUCUCAUCACCGUUUAGCAAAGUAGUAUACCAUCUAAAUACUAAUCCAUGUUGUAAGCCAAGGCUGGAAACGCUUGGCGCCCAGGAAACGUUUUGUUUGUGAACGAUGAUGUAAGUUCGUGUAAUGUAUAAUUUACUGUUGGAUGACCGAUCAUUCACCUCAUAUGCCCUCUGCAGGGACACGCGCAAAUGCGAUCUAAUCGUAUUAGCAUCUCCACUUAUCCGAAGGUGAAUCAGGGCACUGCACACAGUCUGCAUGCAAAGCACGCAGAAAGCAAAGUGUUUUUGGCAAGGAAUAGUUCCUCUUUGUCCACACGUCCUUCCAUUCCCUUCCCUCUCCCCCUUUCUCUCCAAUCACCACAAUUACCUCUUCUCCUUCGUUUUUUCCUAUACAUAUUUUAAGAAUCAUAUCGACAUGCCCUUAUAUAUACCACUUGGAGCUGCCAAGCCAUGGGUCGACAUAUUGCUCCCUCAGCCGAUCGUGUUGACGUUCGACCAAAUAAUACCCUUUUACCUUGUACUCCUCUCCAUAGAUUAUACAAUGUUGCGCAAAGAAAGCCUAAUACCGUUGACGCCCGUGCAAUUUCGUGUCAUUUUGGGAUUGGUCCAUGCCGCAAUCCCCUUGUACAUUGUGUCAACGAGCGUGGUGGCCAAUCUGUUUUUUGCAGCGAUUCCCUGGUUUUUUGUGUCGUAUGGUGCGUCGCUUCCGUUGGAACGUAUCACACUGUGUGAAGCAUAUCGUGUUUUCAUGGCUGUCGUGACCGACCAUAAACGUACUAUUCCUGUUGCUGCUGUCGGUGGUAAUGAAGUGGCUCACCAACAACAGCAGAAGCAACAGCGUGCAGCACAAAAUCGGUGGCAUGGUGUUAUCAAGGUGGCACGUGGUACAAGCAAGUUGAUUUUCCUCCAUCAAUGCAUCGAGCCCUGGCUUCCCGCAAACAAUGCAUACAUUCUUUCUUUGCCCUGGUUCGACUGGAGAAGCCUGACACUGACCAUGCUGUACGGUACCAAGGGGUAUUGCUUUCUUGGCAUAGUGGAUAUUGGAAUGGGCUUGGAAGAGCUCGUGCUUGCCGAACCUAUGAUCGACCUUUUCAAUUCGCCUAUUAUAUCAUCAAGUCCAAGGGAUUUCUGGAGUCGAAGAUGGAACAGGGCAGUUAGAAACCUUCUUCAUCGUAUCGUUUUCAUGCGAGGCAAGAAUGAUGGUUGCACCAGCGUGAUGGAUGGCAAGAAAAAGAAAAAACAACAUGAUAUGAAGAAGAAGGACAGCAAUAAUACAUUAUUAGCAGUGGGUUCAAGAAACAUAAUGGGUUUCAUGGCUUUUGUCGUAAGCGGUGUCUUCCACGAGCUUAUAAUUGCUUCCAUGUUCAGAAGAUUCACGCUCGAAAAUCUCGUCUUUUUCACGUUGCAUGGCGUUGCGGUCUGGAUACAACUAACCGUGCGCGACUGGGCGAAAUGGUCAAAGGAUGAACCACACGGCGCAUCAAGGCUCAUCUGCGUUGCCCUUCAUUUGAUGUUUCUUGCGGUAACAGGACGUUUCUUCCUUGCACCCUACUUGCGAUAUUACUGCUCGGGUUGCUCGCCUAUUGAUCUUUAUAAAAACAGUACAACAUAUUAACUAUAUCAGCAUGCAGACAUAGCUCUUCAGUAGCGCUAUUGUAUGAUACUAGAUCGCAUAUGCAUAAUAAGCACACAUGGCUCAUAAUAGAAAAAUAGUCUUUUUUAAUUACUGUAAUAAUCUAAUACAAACGAGUACGUGAGGGUCGAUGAUGUGUAACGAACAAUUAGCCUACUACGUUUUAGCGUCGUUGGAUCCGGUGUCGAGCAACUAUUUGAAUGAUCUGGGCAUGACGAUCGCUGCUAUUGAUGCUGCUGCUGUAAGGGAUCUGGUGAAUGCACAUUCGCCAUUGUACAGAGCCAUUGUAUCAUUCUAGCACCCUUCAUCUCAAUUCUCCACCAAGUGCAGCCCGUUAACAACGAAGAGAAAGAUAGAAUGCGACAUGCAGACGCAUAGAGAGCAAUUCUAAA